UUUUGAUAACGAAGCUUUAUAUACAUCCACUAGCAGUUGGUAUCCAGAACUUGAGCUCCCAGUAACCCAUUAUUGACAAAGAUUCGACUAGCUGAAAAAUCUAGCACUAAAGAAUCCAGGAAAACUUCGUUGAGUACAGCUAAAGCUUACCUAUAAUGUCCACUUUCGACGUUGAAGACGUUCUCAAACAACUUACCACUAAGGAAAAGGUCCCAGCUGCUUUCUCUGAAGGACUUUUGGCAUACGCAAGAGAUCAAGAGACUGAAUGUUCCUUUCAUACGACUCAGUGAUGGCCCUAAUGGUGUCAGAGGUACCAAGUUUUUCAAAUCUGAGCCCUCUGCUUGCUUCACGUCAGGUACCGGCAUGGGAUCUACAUUCAAUGUACAAUUGCUGAAGAAGGUAGGAAGCAUGAUGGCUACUGAGGCAAAACACAAAGGCGCUCAUGUCAUACUGGGUCCAACUUGUAACAUUCAAAGAGGACCGCUAGGUGGAAGAGGCUUCGAGUCUUUCAGUGAAGAUCCGUUUCUUUCGGGUCUCUGCUCUGCAAGUUUAAUCAAUGGCAUUCAAAGUAAAGGAAUUGGAGCCACAAUCAAGCAUUAUGUUUGUAACGAUUUGGAGGAUGAAAGGAAUUCUGUUGACGCAAUUGUUUCGGAGAGAGCUCUUAGGGAGAUUUACCUGAUGCCCUUUCAAUUGGCCGUCAAAUACUCACAGCCCAAAUGUGUGAUGAGCUCGUACAACAAAGUUAACGGAGAGCACGUUUCACAAUCCAAAAAGCUGCUCACUGGUGUGCUGCGAGAGGAAUGGGGUUGGAAUGGUUUGGUUAUGUCCGACUGGUUUGGUGUCUACUCGAUCAAAAAUUCUAUUGAUGCAGGUUUGGACCUGGAGUGUCCCGGCGUUCCAAUCAUGAGAAAAAUGGAUGCAGUGUUACACGCUAUCAAUGCCAGAGAGAUCAGUAUAGACGUGAUUGAUGAAAGAGUUAGAAACGUGCUGAACUUGGUGAAGUUUUCUAUGCAAAGCGGCAUUCCUGAAAAUGCUCCUGAAGAUUCUAAGAAUAAUGUUCCUGAGACCUCUGCUUUGCUCAAAAGGCUAGCCUCAGAAGCUAUCGUGUUGCUGAAGAAUAAGGAUUCAUUUUUGCCUUUGAAAAAGACGGAUAAGAUUGCUGUGAUUGGCCCUAACGCUAAAGUUCCUAGAAUCUUUGGUGGGGGCUCUGCUUCGAUGAAUCCUUAUUAUGCUACAAACAUUUUUGAUGGUAUUGCUGAUAAACUUACAGAGCCCCCACUCUAUGCUGAUGGUUGCUCAAUUGAGAAAAACCUGCUCGAUCUGGGCACCUUAUCUACCUUCAACGGUUCCGAAGGGGUUUAUUGCAAGGUUUACAACCUUCCUGCUGAAUCGUCUGACCGUCUCAUUGUUGAUGAGUUUGCAUUGAAUUCUACGAGAUUGAUGUUAUUUGAUUACAAAAACGACAAACUAGACAACAACUUGUUCUAUAUGGAUAUUGAGGGCGAAUUUACCGCCAAAGAGACUGGCACCUACGAGAUAAGCGUUAGUUGUCUUGGAACCGCACAAUUUUUCAUUAACGGUAAAUUGGAGAUUGAUGACAAAAAUAAUCAAGUCCUUGGAUUUGCAGCCCUGGGUGCCUCUACCGCCCCCAAAACCAAGAGAUUUGAUAUGAACAAGGGAGAGUCUUUCAAAUACAAGAUUGAGUUUGGUUCGGGUCCAACGUUCACUUUGGAGACCACUGAUCUAGUUGCAUCUAACGGAGGAGGAGCGCUCUAUGUGUCCGCCAUGAAGGUCGAGUCGGAUAAGGAUAGGAUCAAAAAGGCUGUUGAAGUUGCAUCACAAACUGAUAAAGUUGUUCUCUGUGUUGGAACAUCAUCAGAUUGGGAGAGUGAGGGAUACGAUAGACCAGUUAUGGACCUUCCUGGUAGCCAGGAUGAGCUCAUCCAAGAAGUCCUUAAAGUCAACAAUAAUGUGGUGGUAGUCAAUCUUUCCGGUACCCCAGUCACGAUGCCAUGGGUCGAUGAGGUUCCGGCUAUAAUUCAGGGAUGGUUCAAUGGAAGUGAGAGUGGAAAUGCAAUUGCUGAUGUUAUCUUUGGUGAUGUUAACCCGUCCGGUAAAUUGAGUUUAACAUUCCCUAAACGAUGCCAAGAUAAUCCUGCAUACCUUACCUUCAAAUCCAACAAGGGAAAGGUUGUUUAUGGUGAGGAUACUUUCGUUGGAUACAGAUAUUAUGAGAAAUGUGGAGUAGAUCCCUUGUUUGCAUUUGGAUUUGGUCUUUCCUACACCACUUUUGCUUUUUCUUCCUUGUCAGUGAGAGUUAACGUCGACACUAUUCUCGCAUCUGUGGAGGUGAAAAACACAGGUACAAUUGCAGGUGGCGAAGUCAUCCAGCUUUACAUCACUCCGCCAAGUGAAACAACGGAAGAGCGUCCUUUGAAGGAGCUUAAGGGCUUCAAUAAAGUGUUCCUUGAAUCUAAUGAAGCUACUCGUGUCGAGAUCCAGGUUCCGGUGAAAUAUGGAUGCUCGUACUUUGAUGGAGAGCGCAAGAAGUGGUUGAUUGAAAAAGGAACUUAUGGCGUACUUGUCGGAAAUGCUUCAAACUCGAAAACUUUCUUAACUAGUUCGUUUGAAAUUCAGGAAUCGACUUACUGGAGCGGUCUGUGAUCUACUUUACAAUAUAUCUUUCAAAGAUGAUACAUGUUUUGUUUUUAAAAUGUACUUGUUGUUCUGACACUAGCUGAAAGACUAGUACUCUUGAGUUUGGUACAAACCAAAGUGAUGUUCCCGAGCAGCAAACAAUUUGACUAGGAAGAAAAACCAAAAAAAAGGCAAGUUGGAAUUUCAUAUUUCUGUCAUGCCAAGGAAAAAGUAAUUUGAGAACUUAUAGACUUCCUCGUGUCACAUAGAGGUUGGUCAACUAGUACAUUGAUUUGGGUUGUCGGAUAUUUGAACUUCAAGGCAAGGCCACAAACUAUUUCUAUAGUUUGACUCGUAAAAACACCUGCAAUCUGCAAUCUUACCUAAAUGUCUCUCGGCUUAUCUAUAUUAUUACCUCAUAUAGAAAGUCCGUUCCCCUUGGAGAUAAAAAAAAUUGCACUUGCUUGAUUUUCUCCACGCUGAACAGACAAUAUCGAAUUAAGUCCAGAAAACGAACUUGAGAAAAACAUUUCGUGCAACUGACUUAUCUGAGGUCUUCUUUGCUGAUGCAAGUUUUGUAAGGUUUGGUCUCUAUUUCAAAGCCCUCCUUACAAGUGCUCCGUGCAGUAUAUAAAAAACACGUCGUCUUGAUAAAAUU